GGGCGUCUGUAUUUUCUCGUGGUGUUCGAACAGUUUUCCAUUCGAGCGCUCAAACUCGCGCGGCCGUUGUCCACGCUGACCGAAGUUGGUGCGGCAUUUGAGGGUUAAAGCAGCCAGCUAACCACGCUAGCAUUAGCUACAACCAGCGCCGACGUCUGGAAGGGCGGACAAGUCGCUCACAUUUGGGAGAUUAGCACAACACAAACGUCUCGAACCUUCACGCUCAACAUGGAGUGGACACGCGUGGAGACAGCCACCGAAGAGGAUUAAAAAGCAACUGGGGUCUUAAAUGGGGGGAAAGUUGAGUUAAGGAUUAACAUCUUGGGAUAAACGGAGGAAAGCUUUCAAGUCGCAGCCAUUGUUUAAGGGCAUGCUAAAAGCUCAGUGAUGGAGUCCACCGUCGUGAGUACGUCCACCCUGGCCCCCGAUGAGUUUGACAGAAAUGUGCCGCGGAUCUGCGGCGUGUGUGGCGACAAAGCCACCGGCUUCCACUUCAACGCCAUGACCUGUGAGGGCUGCAAAGGUUUUUUCAGGCGCAGUAUGAAGCGCAAGGCCUCCUUCACGUGUCCUUUUAACGGCAAUUGCACCAUCACCAAGGACAACCGGCGCCACUGCCAAGCAUGCCGGCUCAAGCGCUGUGUGGACAUUGGCAUGAUGAAAGAGUUCAUACUGACAGACGAGGAAGUGCAGAGGAAGAAGGACUUAAUUCAACGGCGAAAGGACGAGGAGGCCCAGCGCGAAGCGGAGAGGGAGGCUCGCCGGCCUCGGCUCUCCGACGAACAGAGUCAAGUCAUUGCCACGCUGGUGGAGGCGCACCACAAAACAUACGACGACUCCUACUCUGACUUCUGCCGCUUCAGGCCUCCAGUUCGUGAGGGCCCGGUCACACGGAGCGCAAGCAGAGCGGCUUCUCUCCACUCUCUGUCGGACGCCUCCUCCGAUUCCUUCAGUCAUUCUCCGGAAUCGGUAGAUGCCAAAAUGAACUUGAACAACUUGCUGAUGAUGUACCAAGAGCAAGGCAGCAGCCCCGACUCCAGCGAAGAGGAAGGUUCCAGCUUCUCGAUGCUGCCCCACCUGGCCGACCUGGUCUCCUACAGCAUCCAGAAGGUUAUCGGCUUUGCCAAGAUGAUCCCAGGCUUCAGAGAGCUGACCGCAGAGGACCAGAUCGCUCUGCUGAAGUCCAGCGCCAUCGAGGUGAUCAUGCUGCGCUCCAAUCAGAGCUUCAACCUGGAAGACAUGUCAUGGAGCUGCGGCGGGCCGGAUUUUAAAUACCAGAUCAGUGAUGUCACCAAAGCCGGCCACACUCUGGAGCUGCUGGAGCCACUGGUGAAGUUCCAGGUGGGCCUCAAGAAGCUCAACCUGCACGAGGAGGAACAUGUGCUGCUGAUGGCCAUCUGCUUGCUUUCUCCAGACCGCCCAGGCGUGCAGGACCACGCACGCGUCGAAGCCCUCCAAGACCGGCUGUCCGAGACCCUGCAGGCCUACAUCCAGCUCAACCACCCCGGAGGAAGCCUCCUCUACGCCAAGAUGAUCCAGAAGCUGGCCGACCUGCGCAGCCUCAACGAGGAGCACUCCAAACAGUACCGCUCGCUCUCCUUCCAGCCCGAGCACAGCAUGCAGCUCACCCCGCUGGUGCUGGAGGUGUUUGGCAGCGAGGUCUCCUAGUGGGGGGCCGCACCCAUGAGGGUAAAACAAGAAAUGAUCAUGUCCUAAGUGGACGAAAUUGAGUUGUGAAGUGGAAGUGCGUGUGUGUGUGUGUGUGUGUGCGUGCGUGUCUCCCUAAAGAAGUCUUUAUGGAGAGCUAGCAGAUGUUAAGAGACCGUAAACAAGGGAACUACAUUCAGUCCGACUUAAGCUAAACACUCAACUUCUGCCUAUUUACCGUGUUUUUGUCUAUUUAAAUCAACGCUGCUUCAGAUGCCUGGACAUUUUGUGUGCAACGCAACACGCGUGCACACAACAACAACACUCAGUUAUUCAUUUAGCCAUUCCGUUGAGCUACCUCUUCUUUUUUUUACCGGGGUUCUUUUAUAUUUCCAUCACUUUGUGUGUGAAAUAGCAACUUUGCAACGCUUUAGAUACCGUACCGACGACAUUUUAUUUGAUGGAAUCAGUGCCUCUGCAUACUUUAACGUAUAAGUUCAAUGCUGCGUCACGUCGGCGUCGUCUGCUCCUCUCCGAGACGCCGUCUGUACCGCACACCGACCUUCAUCUCUCACCAAAGGUGUCAUCAUCUACCUUGUGUCAAAUCCGGCUUGCCGCCAACAUGGCCGACAUGCUCGCAACGUUUCCGACCGGCCCCGACGCCCCGCGAAGGAAAAAGGGUCAGCAUUUUCGGGUUUGGACGGGAGCGUAGUCUGGCAGUUUAGUUUAGGAUUUGGGUUUGAGAAUCAGCCACUAAAUGUGUUUAGCUACUAUUUUUUUUCCUUAAACUGCAAACUGUCAAUCAAAGCGAGCCGACGUUUGUUUUUCCUGACGCCCGCUCCCCGUUAUUCCCCGUUUUAUUCCUUGUAAAUAGCUAGCACGUGUAUCCCGAGCACUGUUAUAUCACCUUUUAUUCAGCCUAUGUACUGAUAUACAUGAUUUAUAUAUCACAGAUUUUAAAGGGCUAAAAAUGCCAAAUCUAACUGGAAUAUUGAAAUGAGGCCUGAAUUGUUAAUAUAUACCAUCCGUGGAAAUUGGCAUACAAAUGGAUGUAAUUGCUCUACCAUUUUUUUUUUUAUUAUUAUUAUUAAUAUUUUUGAUGUCAUUUCAUCUUUAAAACAAUUCCAUGAAUUGUUCGUCCUCGGAAUACGUGUGAACACAGCGGAUGUUAAGUUCCGGGAGCUGCUUCGGACCUCCAGUGUAUCACACCCUUUCAUUGCUGAAUGGGAAGUGAAUUACAUAAGAAUGUGUGUGGGGUGGGGUGGGGGUGGGUGGGGUGGGGGGAGAAGGGGGGGUUGUUUGGACCCUCCGCAUGCGUGUUGUGCAGCCCCCUGGUGGCGGCAUGGUGUAAAUACCAGGUAUAGUAACAGUAACAGAUACAAUAUGUAGACUUGGGUCUGAACUACAGAGGAAAAGGGUAUUACUUAUUCAUUACAGUAUUUUAUUUUAUUAUUAUUAUUUUUUUUUACAGACGUUGGAAAUGUAUUGACAUGUUACAAGUACUUUACUGACACGAUAUGUUCGGUCCCGGCGAUUGUUCUGUUUUGUUUCCAUGAAUCAGUAUUUCCUUUUAUGCCGACAACACAACAGUAAUACUACCAGUAAUACUACUCAGCUUUAAAUAGAUAUUAAUACACCCGCCGAUGAGUAGUCGCGAGGAUCAAAUAUUACUUCACAAUCUAUGCCAGAUCAUUGUAAAGAUGUACAAAAAAAAAAAAAUAUGCAAAUGUGUGUUUUGUUUUGAAAACGGAUCAACUCCAGCCGAGUUGGAUCGGACUAAACAGGGAGCGUUGGUGUUCAACACACUGCCAAAAACUUGUAUCAUAUUUGGUUAGCUGAUUUUUAUAUUCAUGAUGGAAGAUGAAUUCCAAUAUGAAAUAUGAAAUAUAUGUAUGUACAUACGUACAUACGGUAAUAUGAAAUCCUUCUAAAGCCAUACACUGCUAGGCCUUCCGUCAUCAGGCCUUGGACGGUCCUCUGGAGAACUCUUCUGGCCGCCCGUGCGGGUCCAAGAUGAGUUCCCAUGGCUUAUGAACCCCCGUCCCCCCCCCGUCCCCGUCCCCCAAGAUGGCCAACCAACCGUUUGGAUUCACGGCUGACCUCUGACCUGUUGGUCGCUCAUUCGGUUGGACGAAAUGCCGCGCGGAACGUUUUUCCACCACUUAGCGUAUCGUUCCUCCCUGCGAUCACAUGGUCUCGUACAUCUGCUGUGAUUGGCCCGUGCCAGACCCCGUAGCGCUUCCCGCGACACUCGAGCGUUACGCCGCCGAGAGCGCCGUCGCUUUCGACCGUGCCGCCCCGAACCCGACUCACCAGCAGGACCGUUCUGUCACUGUGGCUUUAGUGCAACGUCUCCUACUGGUCUCGGAUCGUACCAGUCCAGCCUGAGUCCAUACGUUCCCCCUCUAGACCUUUAUUAGGAUUAUCCAUGUAAACAUCUACAAGGACGUCCGUGUGACAAUUGGAACAUUUUUGGCUGCACCGCUUCUUUAGUACAGACGUCAGGACGGACGUAUGCUUUGCUCUCUUGUACGUAUGUAGGAAGUCACACAUUUCUACUUAUGUACAUACGGUACUUCUGUACGUACGUAUGUAGGAAGUCACCCAUUUCUACUUAUGUACAUACGGUACUUCUGUACGUACGUAUGUAGGAAGUCACACAUUUCUACAUACUUACAUUCAGUACUUCCGUAUGUACGUAUGUAGGAAGUCACACAUUUCUACUUAUGUACAUACGGUACUUCUGUACGUACGUAUGUAGGAAGUCACACAUUUCUACUUAUGUACAUACGGUACUUCUGUACGUACGUAUGUAGGAGUACGUUUGGGGUGGGGGGGGGCAAAGUACUACUCUGACAUUGGUCAAAGUGAAACUAAUACGAGAAUAAAGUAGCACAUUUGCAAGAAAAAAGCCCGUAAAGACGAUUAGCAAUACGGUUGUGAUCUGACGAGGAAAAAGUCAUAUUGACACACAAAGAAUUCUGUGGGAAUAAUAAAGUCAUUUUGGCAACAAAACAAUGAAAUUAUGAGGAAAAGUCGACUACAGAUUGUUGGUGGUAACCUUGUCAUGUACGCGUUUAUUUGUGCUCUUAGUAAAUGGGAUUAGGAUACGGGACGAAAGAUGGAAAAUGGAUUUUUAAUUCAUAAAAAUAUAUAUAAUAUAUAUAUAUACGUAGUAAAUAUACGAAGUAAAGUAAGGACAAAAACAGCAUCAUUUGUAUAAUAAUAAAAUGAGGGAUAAAAGUGUAAAGGUUGUAAAAUGAUUAUGAUUAUGUCAUUAUAAUGAAAAUGUGUAAAAUGUUACGUGAAGGGCUCGAGAAAAAAGUCGUUAUUUGCUGGAAUGUUAAGAAAAAUUAAAGCUAAAUUUGUAAGAUAAGAUAAUAAAGUUUUUAGUACAAGAAUAAGUUGUAAUAUGUUGAAAGUUGGAAUAUUACCAUGAUGUAACAUUAUGGAGAUUAAAAAAAAAAAAUCAUCUUUAUUUUCAGGAAAUAUUAUUCCGAUCGCUGAAGGGUUCCUAAUCAAGUCGACAUAAUUCCAAUAUUGAAUCUCUGACGGAGACGGCAUGGAAUUUUGUUCUUGAAAAAAAUAACAACCCAAAAUAUGACCUUUUCUCGUAUGAUCACAACUUUAGCCUUCUGGCCUUAAAAUAUGUUUUGUCAUAUUUCAACCUUAUUCUUGCAAAUGAGCUUUUUUUCUGCUAAUUUUUUACAAUAUGUGCCCCCACCUCCUUUAUGUCGGAUCCAGGAAUACCAGUGGGGGGUUACUGGGAAGUGUAAGUGCCACAGGGAGUCUUCCCUCGACACAGGGUCAAAGAGUUCUUGGGGAUUCCAAAAGUAACACGGAUUACUACGACACGUUGUACAUAUCAUACAUACAGUAAAAUUUCACUCUUUUAUGUUUUUGUUUUUUUUUUUACCAUAAAACAAGCUGCUCAAAACUCCUUUUUUUCCUCGACGUAUUAACUGGUGCAUUGUGGUUGUUGGAAUACUGGACCUUGUAAAUCCCACAGCGACGCGUCCGUCUUUUGCCGAGAUGCUACUCGGCGCGGACAACCUCACAGUAAUACCCGUGUUAUACCCGUAUUAUACCCGUAUUAUACCCGUAUACAUCCAACUCAUGGUACUCACGGUACUCCAUCACCAGCAAGCUUUACCUUGGUAUGACUGUUGCCAUUACAAAUCCUGUCCCGCUCCGCGUUCCCGUUCCCGCCUUCACGACAGGGAUUGUAAUGGAAUCAACCUCAUGUAGUUCUUCAGACGAGGAGCGUCCACGACGGAUGUACACCAUAGUCUACCUAAAAAAAAAACAACAAAAAAACCUACCUCUUUUAGCUCUUUUAUUUGCUUUAGAAUUUGCUUCUGUUUGUACUUUUUUGUAAUAUUUGUAUUCAUGUUGGUAUUUAUUGCUGUCUAAUGAGUCAUACUUCAAUGAUUACCUCAGAGAUAUCUCACACGUGAUGGGAGAGUCCAGCUAAUGAAGUCCUUCAUACACUUUUUCUGUUAUUGUUGUGCAGUUCUCAUACUUAGCAUACUUAGCAUACUUAGCAUUGCCUUUUUUUGCCCCCAAAACGCACAAAAUACAAGGAGUGCCCCCCGUUCCCUUUUUAUAAAUCUUGUGCCUGCACCAGCGGGUCCCCCCCAACAAUGCCCCCCCCCCUCCCCCCCCAGCUAGAAAGAGGCUGCACACACUCCAAGAAGUUGACGCUAUGCAUCCACACAUUUGGAAGGAGACUUUAGCAGAGUCCAGUCGGCAGAAAGACUUUGUGGGGGGGGGGGGGGGGGGGGGGUCAAUGAGAGGUGUGUUAGUUCCACUUGGUACUAUACGCAUACUUCCGGCUCGGUCCUAUUUGUUUCCUGCCUCGUUAUUCCAUCCUCCUGCCCGAAAGUCUCCGCCCUCGCCGCCGUCGUUCCCAGGUCAGCGAAGGGAAUUCCACCGUACACCAAAUGCUGCUUCUUUUAACUCGAGUUCAACACCCGAGUUUGCGACACUACAUGAUGUGGGUGCGAGGCCCAAAUGUGCCCCCCCAUCCCCCCCCCCCUUUUUAGGAAGUUAGUGGUACUCAUUGGAGAGAGAGAUCACUCUUUUAUGUACUUCUGUCAAACUGCUUCAGGUAAACACUGAAUGAAAUGAUGAGUGAAUACUGAGGAACAUUGUUGCCAUGGCGACGUGCCCCCCCCCCCCACCCCGAGCCCCCUCCCCGAGCCGCGUGCCAUACGACCGUUUCACUGCGGGGGCCGCCGGCUCCACUUGUUCCGCAGCUUCACAAGAGACGGACUAACUAGAACUUUUGACUUUGGGAAUUUUGGCGUUGAAUCCCAAGCCGACUUUGUCAACCCAAAUCCCGCCGCAUUCAAACGAAACGCCUGAACCAACGAAAAGCACUUAAAUGUCACGUGACGUAACACGCAUGCUGAUUGAAUUUUAUUUGCCAUAACAGGCCUCAGUUUUUAGGCCCAGCCUGGCUCCGCUUAUUAGGAAAAAAAAAUAAAUCACCUAAAUUUUAUUGUAAUUGCAAUUUUAUCUUUUGUCUCUUUUUUUUUUUCAAAUAUCUUUUUCUAUUAUAAAUUGAUGUUUUAUGUAAUAUUAUUUUGUCAGAUGUUUUGCAAAUCAAAAAUAAACACUUGUACAUUGCAA